GCAUGAUGGCAUGAUUUCAGACUCUACGGACGGUUAUCAGGUGACGCUCGUGUGAAAACCAGAAGCUUUUUUUUUUCUUUUUUCUGACUUUGAGCUCUGACCUCUGAGAUCCCUGUUACUUCCGCGUUCCGCUCACCUGUUACACCUGUGUUACUGCUACGCUCUUGAUGCGACUCCUCCUCCGCCGGUGCACCUGUCCUGUUUUCGUGCCAUGACCGAGGACUUCGAAACGUGUGAUUUAACAUGCUCGUCCCCAUCGGGUGACCCAGAGGAGGCUCUAAAAGUUAAAAGCUGGAGUAUGGAGUGCGAGCAGCCCAUUUUCUCCGCGCUGGGAGGCGGAAUGAAGCUGCAGAAGACAGUCGACGCUCCGCGGCCGACUAUGAGCGGCAGUCCCGGAAAAACCUCACUGGCUGCGGCCACCUCCGACACCGAGUCCGGGAUCUACUCUGUUGAGAGUGAGCUGUGUGUAGACCACGAAUCCGAGCUGGACUGGUUCUGCGGCACCGAGCAGAAACUCAUCUGCUCCCACUGCGCCACCGUGGGCUCCUGCCAGGGACACACCGUGACCCCUCUGGCCACCAGAGUCACCAGAGUCAGGGACAAACUGGUGGACGUGUGUGAGAAAAUGCAGCUGCAGGCCCUGAGGAUUGAGAGGUUUAUCGAGCAGACACUGGCAGCCAAAGAGCAGAAGCUUCAGGCAGCGGCGAGCAGGGCGAGGGAGCAGGUGCUGGCUCAGGUGAGCGCGGCACGCGAAGCCCUGGAGGAGGAGGAGCAGCGUCUCUUGGAGGAGGUGCAGAGAGAGGAGGAGCGUGUGGAGCAGUGUCUCCUGACCCAGAGAGCCCACUGGGGCCAAGCGUUGACGAAUCUGUCGCAAACACGCUCCCGUCUGGUGCACACGCUGACGCACACUCCCGACGCACAGCUGGUGACCAGUGUCCGGGAGAUAGCUGAAAGGGUGGAGGAGGCAGAGGGGGUCGGGGAGCCCUGUGACACAGACCAGCUCAGCCUGAACCCGUGCUGCACUGAAAGCAAGCUGCUGAGGGGUCUGUGGGCUACUGCAGUGCUGCUCGGGCCAAACACUUAUGGAUCAUCAUGUUUAAAGUUCGAUGAGCGCACAGUCAGCCCUCUUCUCUCUCUGUCUGAGGACUUCUGCACUUUAACUUUCCUCCACAAAAAACCGCGCCAGUCUCCACCCUACGACCCAGCACGAUUUGACUCUUGGCCCAACGCCUUAGGCUCGGUGUCUAUGUCCUCUGGCACCCACAGCUGGGUGGUAGACGUGGGCCAGAGCGGCGCCUUUAAAGUCGGGGUCUGCUACGCCUCCCUGGAGCGCAAAGGUUCUGGGAACGAAGCUCGACUGGGCCACAACAGUCAGUCCUGGGUGCUGUCUCACUACGAUGGAGACUACUCCUUCUGCCACGCAGGGAAGAAGGUGCCGCUACAAGUGGCGAGGAGGCCAGAGAGGGUGGGCCUGCUGCUGGACUGGCAAAGUCAGACGCUGCUGUUUUACGAGCCACACUCCUGCGCUGUGCUGUACUCAGUCUCACAGAACUUCAGUGCCCCGCUGCUGCCGGCCUUUGCCGUGACUGACCGCAGUAUCACCAUACUGCACUGAUGGACACACACAACCACACACACAGUUAUAUAGUGCCAAAAUUGCUAAAUGAGCAUUAAUGAUGUGAAGAAACCACAAAGAGAAACAACGUCCUCUAAUGUAGAUUUAAUUAGCAGCUUCGCUGUGUGAGCAGUAAUGAGAACUCCAGACACUCAGUUUCUAUUUAUUCAGUCCUGCUGUAGACACUUUUAUUUUUUACUGUUUCUUAUUAUUUUAGGCUUAAACGUAUUUGUGAGCUGAUUACAUUAUAAAGUAGUGUUGUUAUAGUAAUAACAUUUUUUUAUAAAGAAUAUUUGUGUUUUUAGUAUGAUUACAUGUUGCUAAGAAGUAUCCACAAAGAAAACAUCGCUUAUUCUGGUUGAUCCAGGACUAUUUUAAAUGUGGAAAAGAAACUCCCUUUAACAAUAAUCUGAAACUGUUUUGUAUUGUCAAAAUUUUAGAUGUUAUGUGGUGAGUAAAGGAGUUACUAAACUUGA